AUGACAAGCACAAAGUUUAUUGAUAGCGCAGAUACUGCUCUUGAUACGGCCAUUAAAGCGCUAUGUAUGUCAAAGCCACAGUUGCAGGUAAUUGAAAAUACACAUGUGGUAGUUAAUAGUCAACUUGACCCCAAAAAAGUCCUUAUUGUGUGUGGUGGGGGAGCAGGACAUGAACCAUCUCAUGUUGGAUACGUUGCAGAUGGAUGGCUAAGUGCUGCAGUCUCUGGAGGAGUCUUUGCAUCUCCUCCUUAUGCACACGUACGUGCUGCCAUUAAUUACCUGUACGAAAAACAAGGUCCUAAUGGUCCUGGUAUUCUCAUUGUUGUGAAAAACUACUUUGGUGAUAUAUUGAAUUUUGAGUUUGCAGUUCAAGAGGCCAGAGGACGUGGUAUCUCUGUAGCCAUGGUCCUCUCCGCCGAUGAUGCAUGCUUUGGCGUAGAUGAUAUUACUCGACGCCGUGGUAUUGCCGGUACUGUGUUGCUGAACAAAAUACUUUGCACUGCCGCCCAGAAGGGUGAAAGUUUGACGGCGCUGCAAGAACUUGCCGGUCGCAUCUCCGCCGGUAUACGCUCUAUUGGAGCCUCACUCUCUUCAUGUUCACUGCCGGGUGCGGCUCCCACUGCCACAAUACCUGUGGGAAGUGUGGAGGUGGGACUUGGUAUUCACGGCGAAAAGGGGCUUUAUCAGCAGCCGUUCAAAGGAGCAAAGGAGCUGGUUACUCACCUGCUUGAUAUUCUGCUUGGAUCUGGUGAUCAGAAGCAAAGCUGGAAGGGUGCAGAGGUGGCACUUGUGGUAAAUAACUUGGGAUCUACUACAGAUCUUGAAAUGGGAAUACUCUCAUACCAUGCUUUGCAGUACCUUUCAGAGGCUGGUGUAAACGUGGUUGGAAUAUCCGUUGGACGUUAUAUGACCGCACUGGAAAUGCAUGGAUUUUCGCUUACUAUUUUGCGUUUUUCGAACCAUGAUGAUAUUAAGUAUUUGUUUGGUGAAAGUCAGUCAAGUCUUAUGCCUUUUAACGUUCCAAAACUAACCGUUACCUACGUUCCUGGACCUUCUACUGCAUUACAGAUUGCCCAAAAAGAGGGAAAAUAUAAAUCCCAUCCUGCUGGACUUAUGAAUCAGGUGGCUGAAGCUAUUUUUCAGUCCCUGAAAGGAUCGGAAAAUUAUCUUAACGCUCUUGAUGCCGCAGUGGGGGACGGUGAUCUUGGCAGUGGAAUAAAACGUGCCGCCCUCAAGGUACUUGAACUAUUACCGUACCUCCCUUGGGAAGAGGAUGUCGGCAAGACCUUUUCGCUCCUUGCAGAAGCGGUAGCCGAUGCCUGUGGUGGGACGUCAGGACCACUCUGUGGUGCAUUUCUUCUUGGUAUUGGUACGGCUGUUAGUGAGGAAAUGAAGAAAGGCGAGGUUCACGCGGUAGAACUCAUUCGAAAGGGUCUGAAAGGUGGUAGUGCGAGUGUACAACGUUUAGGACGGGCCAAGAGGGGAGAUCGUACGAUGGUUGAUGUCCUGGAGGAAAUUAAUAUGAGUCCUGCCGUCACUUCUGCUACCUCUUUGCAAGAUUUGGCGGUUGCCUGUGUUGAAGCCGCAAAAAAGGGAGCAGCUGCGACCGCACAGUUACCGGCAAAACACGGACGAAGUCGGUAUAUGCAAGGAAAAGAAAUUGGUCGCCAGGACCCUGGGGCUGAACUUGUCGUGCUGUGGGUCGAGUCCGCCGCUGAUGUUUUACUUUCCAAAAAAUAA